CAUACAGCCAAACACAUGACUUGUGUCAACUUUUUUCCUCGCUCACAUAAUUUUAUAAACAAAUAUUUAUUACGAAAUGGAUUAAAUUCUACAAAAAUUGUUAAAAGCUGAUUUUUUUUUGACAUCAUCAUGACUCGACAAGUGAAAAAUUCGACUUAAGGUAAAAUUCUCUUCAAAUUUGACAAAAAUGCGACGCUUGAUAAACUUUUUCUUCGGCAAACGCGCUGUUCAAGCACUUCAAAAGGCAAAAGAGACGCCGCCGAAGAAGCAAACUCUGUGGAAUCGCAUAAUGACGAAACAUUUGUUGCUUUUUAACACUGUCAGUUCGGGCGGAUUGAUGCUUUUUGGCGAUGUAGCAGCGCAAACGAUCGAACAAAGGCUCGGCGAGAAGACAGACGGCUAUGAUUUGGCUCGCAUUGCACGAAUGACGAUCGUUGGGACGUUUCAAGGCCCGAUGCAUCACUAUUUUUACGGAUGGGUCGACAAAAUUAUGCCGAAAAAUGACGGAAAAGAGGUUUUCAAGAAAAUUAUGUUGGAUCAAUUUGUUGCAUCGCCUCUUUUUAUUGUCUCAUAUUUCUAUCCGGCAUCGCUGAUGGAGGGAAUGACGAUGAACGAGGCUCACGAAGACUUUCAAUCCAAGUUUUGGACCGUUUACAAAGCUGAUUGGUUAAUUUGGCCCCCAUGUCAAUUCAUAAAUUUUUAUUUCUUGCCGCUGCAGUAUCGCGUUCUUUAUAUUAAUGCCAUCACGACUUUGUACAACGUCUUUUUGUGUUACGUGAAGCACCAACAGCACAAAAAAUCCGACAAAUCUAGCUAA